UCCUUCUCUCUCUCUCUCUCUGCUGCUAUAAAUUACAGAGGAAGGGGGGACGGCGCCUCUUCAGUCCUUUCUGCUUCUUAGUCGGAGGGGAAGUCAUGGCCAUGGCCGCUUCUUCUUCUUCUUCUUCCCUCCUUCGCAACCCCACGGUGGCGAUUCUCGUGGUCCUCUGUUUGUGCUCUGCUCUGAAGCUCUGCAAUGGCUACUACUACACCAUCAACAGGCACAGUUUCGGACACCGCCACCACCGCCCCCGCUUCGCCAGCCACAACUACAGGGACGCCCUCACCAAGUCCAUCCUCUUCUUCGAGGGCCAGAGGUCCGGGAGGCUCCCUUCCAGUCAGAGGCUCACUUGGAGGAGAAACUCUGGCCUCUCCGAUGGCUCCGCCGCCCAUGUGGAUUUGGUCGGAGGGUACUAUGAUGCAGGGGACAACGUGAAGUUCGGGUUCCCAAUGGCUUUCACCACCACAAUGCUGUCGUGGAGUGUCAUCGAGUUCGGAGGACUGAUGAAGUCGGAGCUCCCGAACGCCAAAGCAGCCAUCCGCUGGGCUACUGACUACCUCCUCAAGGCCACCGCCCAUCCUGACACCAUCUACGUGCAGGUAGGGGAUGCCAAUAGGGACCACGAGUGCUGGGAGAGACCCGAGGAUAUGGACACACCAAGGAAUGUCUACAAGGUUGACAAGAACUCUCCCGGGUCUGAUGUUGCCGGUGAAACUGCUGCUGCUCUUGCAGCGGCCUCUCUGGUCUUCAGGAGGAGUGACCCAGCUUACUCCAAGCUCCUUGUCAGAAGGGCUCUUAGGGUCUUCCAGUUUGCUGAUAAGUAUAGGGGACCCUACAGCAAUGGGUUGAAGAGAGUUGUGUGCCCUUUCUACUGUUCUUACUCUGGUUAUGAGGAUGAGCUGCUGUGGGGAGCAGCUUGGCUGUUUAAGGCCACGAAGAACCCGAUCUUCCUCAAAUACAUCCAAAUCAACGGACAGACUCUAGGAGCCGGAGAGUACGACAACACGUUCGGGUGGGAUAACAAGCAUGUCGGUGCAAGAAUCCUUCUCUCCAAGGCAUUUCUGGUGCAGAAGCUGCAAUCACUUCAUGACUACAAAGGCCACGCAGAUAACUUCAUAUGCUCGGUGAUACCAGGGGCUUCUUUCUCUUCUACCCAAUACACUCGUGGGGGCCUGCUCUUCAAGAUGAGCGAUGACAACAUGCAGUACGUGACGUCCACCUCAUUCCUGCUAUUGGCCUACGCCAAAUACUUGACAUCCGCGGACAGGAUCGUUAACUGUGGAGGCACGACCGUCACCCCCAGCCGUCUCCGCUCCAUUGCCAAGAAGCAGGUGGACUACUUACUGGGGGACAACCCCUUGAAGAUGUCCUACAUGGUGGGGUACGGACCACGGUACCCGCAGAAGAUCCACCACAGGGGGUCAUCCCUCCCCUCCAUCGCCACCCACCCUGCCAAGAUCCAGUGCCACGCAGGCUUCGACUUCAUGCACUCCACCUCUGCCAACCCCAAUGUCCUGGUGGGCGCCGUCGUGGGCGGGCCCGACAUGAACGACAGGUUCCCGGAUGAUCGGUCUGAUUAUGAGCAGUCCGAGCCUUCCACCUACAUCAAUGCGCCUCUGGUCGGGGCCCUUGCAUAUCUCGCGCACUCGUUCGGUCAGCUCUAAUAGAAGACCGGCUCUGGAGUGGAAUCUCCUGUUUCGUGUUGCGGACGCCUCGAGCGCAUUUACUUAAUAUAUUUCCGACAAGUUAGGGUGUUUUUUUCUUCUCUUUUCCGUGUGUAGUGUAGAAUUUGGGUCGAUGGGGUCGAGUCCUUAAAAGAAGGGAAAGGGAAAAAAGGACUCGAGCCCCAAACCUAUUGAGGGUGGAGUUGGAAGCCUUUGUGAUGUGGUCAAAGUGUAGAUAUGGAGGGCUAAUGUAGUGUGGGAUAGGGUUAAAUUAGUGAUUUUAUUACUUAAAUGACAAGGUCAUAUUUCGUGCCUAGAACGGCAUUUCUUGAAAUUAUAUAUUAUGGAAUUAUGGGUGGGGGAGAAGAAGUUUUAUUUUGAUCUUUAAUUAGGGUGCUUGUCUUUUUUUUUUUUUUUGGUAAAUGGGGUGCUUUGUCGUGUAACCUCUUUGGUGAUGUUUAAUUAUAACUGGGCUUUAUUGAGUUUGUGUUAA